AUGGUUAAGUUAACAUGUGCUGUUUGCGGCGAUAUAGCCACUGGCUAUAAUUUUGAAGUCAUAACUUGCGGCUCGUGUAAGGAGUUCUUCAGGAGGACUGCCACCAGGGAUGAGGUUUUCAAGUGUCGGUUCACAACUGGCUGUCAAAUAGAUGUGAGGACACGGAAAAGGUGUCGAAAGUGUCGGCUCGACAAAUGCUACGCAAUGGGAAUGAACAAGGAUUACAUUAACCUUAGGGUCAGACGAUCGUCGACUAGUUUGUAUGAAAAACAUAUGAAAAGCAAAGUUUCGUAUAGUAUUGUAGACUCGACUACACCGACGGCACCGAGUGAUAGGACUUACGACACAAACACCAGUUUCCCAGACAUUCACUCCGAUGUCAACUAUGGAGACAUCAAUUCAUAUAAUUACGAGUUGUCAGAGACAGUGGACAGGGAUAUAAAACCAUCGCUAAUACCAAUAGAAACCUACCUGUCCCUUCCAUACUUUAGGUACUAA